AGCGCCGCCACCGCCUCCGCCUCCCGAGGGGGCGGGCCUGCCCGGGUAUCGCCGAAGCGCCUGGUGCCUCAGGAAGCGGGAGGGACGUUGCAUGUUUGACUGCGGCCUUUUGACGGAGGGGGUCUGCGCGGGCGGGCGGGCGGUCCGUGGUGCUGAAGGAAGGAAUGGCGGCGUCCGCGGCGGAAGCCCCCCUGGCGCAGGCGGCGGCUGAACAAUGGCUCCUGUGGGACCAGAAUCCUAAAACAUUGGAAAUGGUCAAGCAAAUGGUUGCAAAAGGAAAUAAAGAAGAAAUCCAACAAUGUUUUGGUUCACGAAUGGAAUUUGGAACUGCAGGACUUCGAGCAGCCAUGGGGCCAGGAACUUCUCGAAUGAAUGAUUUGACUGUUAUUCAGACCACUCAGGGAUUUUGUAGGUACCUCGAAAAAAGUUUCAGUGAUGUGAGGAGCAGAGGUGUAAUAAUUGGCUAUGAUGCUCGGGCUCAUCCUUCAAGCGGGGGUAGUAGCAAAAGAUUUGCAAGACUUGCUGCAACAACGUUCAUUAGUCAGGGUAUUCCUGUGUACCUUUUCUCUAGUAUAACACCAACUCCUUUUGUGCCCUAUACGGUGACACACCUGAAACUUUCUGCUGGCAUUAUGGUUACUGCAUCCCAUAACCCUAAACAAGAUAAUGGAUACAAGGUGUAUUGGGAAAAUGGUUCUCAGAUUAUUGAACCUCAUGACAAAGGAAUUGCUCAAGCUAUUGAAGAAAACCUAGAGCCAUGGCCUCAAGCUUGGGAUGACAGCUUGGUAGAUCAAAGCUUACUUCUCCAUGACCCUUAUGCGUCUAUUAACAAAGACUACUUCAAAGAUAUACAGAAGCACUGCUUUCACAGGAAUAUAAACAAGGAGACAAAGCUGAAAUUUGUCCAUACUUCUGUGCACGGUGUAGGCCAUGAAUUUGUGCAAUCAGCCUUUAAGGCAUUUGACUUUAGCCCUCCAUUUGCUGUUCCUGAACAGAAGGACCCUGAUCCAGAAUUUCCAACAGUAAAAUAUCCAAAUCCUGAGGAGGGUAAAGGCGUACUGACGUUAUCUUUUGCUUUAGCGGAAAAAGAAGGAGCACAGAUUAUUUUAGCAAAUGACCCAGAUGCUGACCGGCUUGCUGUUGCAGAGAAACAAGAAAGUGGAGAAUGGAAAGUGUUUUCUGGCAAUGAAUUGGGAGCUCUUUUGGGCUGGUGGAUCUUCACUUGCUGGAAAAAGCAGAAUCGGAAUCCUGAUGCUGUUAAAGAUGUGUACAUGCUCUCUAGUACGGUAUCAUCUAAAAUCUUAAGAGCAAUUGCACUUAAAGAAGGCUUCCACUUUGAGGAAACACUUACAGGAUUCAAGUGGAUGGGAAAUCGAGCCAAGCAGCUCAUAGACCAGGGAAAAAAUGUCUUAUUUGCCUUUGAAGAAGCUAUUGGCUAUAUGUGUAGCCCCACAGUCUUGGAUAAAGAUGGUGUCAGUGCUGCUGUCAUAACUGCAGAGAUGUCAAGUUUCUUGGCAACUAAAAAUGAAUCUUUAUCCCAGCAACUGAAAAAUAUUUACAAUGAGUAUGGCUACCAUGUUACCAAAGCUUCGUAUUUUAUUUGUUAUGAUCAAAAGACUAUUAAGGAGCUGUUUGAGAAGCUUAGAAAUUAUGACGGGAAGAAUACUUAUCCCAAAGCCUGUGGGAGAUUUUCAGUGUCUGGAGUCAGAGAUCUCACUACAGGUUACGACAGUAACCAAUCUGAUAAAAAAGCCGUGCUCCCUACAAGCAAGAGCAGCCAAAUGAUAACGUUUACAUUUAAUAAUGGAUGUGUGGCUACAAUGCGAACUAGUGGGACUGAACCAAAAAUCAAAUACUAUGCAGAGCUUUGUGCUCCUCCUGGGAACAGUGACUUUGAGAAGUUGAAGAAAGAGCUGGAUGAACUGGUCUGUGCUAUUGAAAAAUAUUUCUUUGAGCCAGAGAAGAAUAAGCUGCAGUCCAAGCCAGAGUAAUGCCUUUGUCCUUGUUUGUCUUUGCACAAUCAAAAUGCUUUGUAUUGUUAAUUUAAGCUGUUUUACAAAAGAAUUAUGACUUCACAAAUGUUACUGCAAUUUUAUCCUGUGAGAAACACUUGUGCAUUUUUUUAUCAGAUGCACACUUUUAACUUGAAGGAUUAUGUCUAUCAAGUGUAAAUGCCUCUCCAGUUAACAAAUUUGCUGGAGACAUUGAAUUCUGUUUUAGUAAAAGAGUUCUUAGCGCAUGUUCAGACAAGAAUUUUCUAGGCCUUAGCAUACAACUGGAAAUGCACACACUUUCGGCAUUGGUGGAAAUUUCUUACAAAAUAUUGCAUUUCAUUGUGUGAACUCUGUCACAUAAAUGAAUUUACCAGAUAAUACCUCUCUGGGUCCUUUUGUUGAUUUGUUUAUUUGUCUGUUGAAAAGUUACAUUUUCACGGUCUUGUUAUUCUCAAAAUAUUUUCUCCCACACUCUUCUUUUUCCACUUUGCUUCCCUUCUCUUGCAUGUCUAAUCUUUUAAAUUGUAUGCAUGAAUGAAAGAAAGGUCUUCUGUUUUAUGUACAAGGCAUUGUUACUAUAGGUGCCCUAGAAAGAGUAUUGAAUUCCCCAGGUUGUGCAAGUUCACGAUGAGUGAAUGCAAGUGAAUUUGCAUUUCCCUCCCUAUGUAGUUGCAUCCUAAAUGAUGUUCCAAAGAAACUGCCUAUAUUAUUUAAUUUACCAUAUUUUUCGCUCCAUAAGACGCACCUUUCCAUAAGACACACCAAUUUUUUUAGGAGAAGAAAACAGGA